UGGUCGGCGGCGCGGUGGGGAGGCGGCCGAGCGAGCGCCCUCCGCUGCCGCCGCGUCCUCCAUUCAUCGCCGCCCCGGCCUCGGCCCCGCAGGCGCGCCGCCAUGGAGGCGCUGAUUCCGGUCAUCAACAAGCUGCAGGACGUCUUCAACACGGUGGGCGCCGACAUCAUCCAGCUGCCGCAGAUUGUGGUGGUGGGGACGCAGAGCAGUGGAAAAAGUUCUGUGCUGGAAAGUCUGGUGGGGCGAGAUCUGCUCCCAAGAGGUACGGGGAUUGUCACCCGGCGACCCCUCAUUCUGCAGCUGGUGCAUGUGUCAGCUGAGGAUCGUCGGAAGACAGCUGGAGAUGAAAAUGACCCUGCAACUUGGAAACAUUCAAGGCACCUUUCUAAAGGGGUUGAUGCUGAAGAAUGGGGGAAGUUUCUUCACACCAAAAACAAGCUUUACACAGACUUUGAUGAAAUUAGGCAAGAAAUAGAAAAUGAAACUGAAAGGAUUUCGGGGAAUAAUAAGGGGAUCAGCCCAGAGCCUAUUCAUCUGAAGAUUUUUUCACCAAAUGUCGUCAACUUAACUCUGGUAGAUUUGCCAGGAAUGACAAAGGUACCAGUGGGUGAUCAGCCAAAGGAUAUCGAGGUUCAGAUCCGAGAACUAAUCCUUAGAUUCAUUAGUAACCCCAAUUCAAUUAUUUUAGCAGUCACCGCUGCCAACACAGACAUGGCCACUUCUGAGGCACUUAAAAUAGCACGGGAGGUGGAUCCAGAUGGGCGGCGCACCCUCGCUGUUAUCACCAAGCUGGAUCUGAUGGAUGCUGGUACUGAUGCUAUGGAUGUCCUUAUGGGGAGAGUGAUCCCUGUUAAGCUUGGCAUCAUUGGCGUGGUGAAUAGGAGUCAAUUAGACAUUAACAAUAAGAAGAGUGUGGUUGAUUCAAUUCGUGAUGAAUAUGCUUUUCUCCAGAAGAAGUAUCCAUCUCUAGCCAACCGGAAUGGAACAAAGUACCUUGCCAGGACUCUCAAUAGGCUCCUUAUGCAUCACAUCCGGGAUUGCUUGCCGGAACUGAAGACCAGAAUCAAUGUCUUAGCUGCGCAAUACCAGUCUCUGCUCAACAGCUAUGGGGAACCAGUUGAUGACAAGAGUGCCACAUUAUUGCAGCUUAUUACCAAAUUUGCCACUGAAUAUUGCAACACCAUUGAAGGGACAGCAAAGUACAUCGAGACUUCAGAACUUUGCGGUGGAGCUAGAAUUUGCUACAUUUUUCAUGAGACCUUUGGGCGCACCUUAGAGUCUGUUGAUCCACUUGGUGGCCUUAACACCAUCGACAUCUUGACGGCCAUUAGAAAUGCUACUGGCCCUCGUCCCGCCUUGUUUGUGCCUGAAGUUUCAUUUGAACUGCUGGUAAAAAGGCAAAUCAAGCGCUUGGAAGAGCCCAGCUUGCGGUGCGUGGAGCUUGUUCACGAAGAAAUGCAGAGGAUCAUUCAGCAUUGUAGCAAUUAUAGUACACAGGAAUUGCUGAGGUUUCCGAAGCUCCACGACGCCAUAGUUGAAGUUGUGACCAGUCUCUUGCGUCGGAGGUUACCAGUAACAAACGAAAUGGUUCAUAAUUUGGUAGCCAUUGAGCUGGCCUAUAUCAAUACUAAACAUCCUGACUUCGCUGAUGCCUGUGGCCUGAUGAACAACAACAUAGAGGAGCAGAGGCGGAACAGGCUGGCCAGAGAGGUAUCCUCUGCUGUGUCUCGAGACAAGUCCACUAAGCCUCCUGGUGGUUUGGCACCAUCCUCCCAGGAGACCUCUACUGCUGGUCCUGCCGAGGUUGAUAGCAAGAUGCCCCCUGCUGCGGGAGAUGGAAAUCCAGAAUCAGGAACAGGGAACUGGCGAGGAAUGCUGAAAACUUCCAAAGCGGAGGAGAUAUUAGCUGAGGAAAAAUCCAAACUGCUGACAGUCCUACCAGCGAGCCCUCAGAAAGGGCAUGCUGUAAAUUUGCUGGAUGUGCCUGUUCCUGUUGCACGGAAACUUUCGGCCCGUGAGCAACGCGAUUGUGAGGUGAUUGAACGCCUGAUCAAAUCCUACUUCCUAAUUGUGAGGAAGAAUAUCCAAGACAGUGUGCCAAAGGCAGUGAUGCAUUUUCUGGUUAACCAUGUGAAAGACACUCUCCAGAGUGAGUUAGUUGGACAGCUGUACAAGGCCUUAUUGCUGGAUGAUCUUUUGACUGAAUCGGAGGACAUGGCUCAGCGCAGAAAGGAGGCAGCUGGCAUGUUACAGGCCUUGCAACGAGCCAGUCAGAUUAUUGCUGAGAUUCGGGAGACGCACCUCUGGUGAAAGACUCCCCUGCCUGGGUGAAGGAACUGAUGACUUGAACAUUGCUAGGCAUUACAUACUCCUAUGUGUACUGCAGUAUAUAUCAGUUUGCUCAUGUAAAGACACGGUUUAGUUUGGCUUCCUAUGGACGGAAAAGUGUGCUUUACAGCGCAAAACACAUCUUACUUAAUCCACACGAACACGUUUCCUGACCAGUUUCUUGGUGCAGACACCAAAUCUGUUGUCCAGUGAUGGGAUUGAACUGAACUUAGGCAAAGAACCAUGUGAAAAAUUCCAGUGCCUGGCUUGUUAAAUGAGUUGCCCGCAAAUAGGAUGAACAGUGUAGUAUUGUAAUGUAGUUUUUCAGCUGCUUCUGCAAUAUAGGUUUUUAAACCAUGAAGAAAGGUCACAUUUUCUUUCUUACAAAUAAAACUGCAUGCAUUCUGAAGCUGAAGCCAGAUAAGCGGCACAGUAGAAUCACUGCCAUGACUGUGUAUUGUGUAUCCCUGUGUUUCAGAACAGAAAUACUUGACUAAUGUUCAGACUGCUUUCAUGACUUUCCUCCAUGAGUUUAGAUGAUCCUGGAACAUUUCACAAGUAAAGAUUGUGCUAGCAUGUUAUGUCAGCUAAGGAACAAUGAACUGGCAUAUUGCUGGUAGGGAGAAGGUUCAAGUGUAAAGUCCCUCAUUUCUACCCCUUCCCCUGGGACCAAGACCUCUGGCCUACCCGUUUAAUGAGUUCCAGAAUAGUAAAAACAAAAGAACAGCCACAGAAGCACUUAGCUGAUUGUUGCUGUCAUAAUUGUGCAAAGAGGAAAAGAAUGAUAGAAUGAAGUUAAAGGCAGCUCUCUACCAGAGGCUAGCUUGAAUCUCAACAUUUUAGUAUGCUGUCAAUUUUGGGGGUGGGGGUGAGGGGGCUGAGUUCCUACUCAGCUAACUUCACCAUUAACUGUUGCAUUUUCAUUGCUGGAUUAUUAUGUACCAUGAACAGUAAUGACAGGUCCCCUGCAGAGUUUAUCAUUUUAUCUUUGUGCUGAAAUACAAUAAGGGCUGUUCUCCUGCCUAGGAGAAAAAACAUGUACUGUCAUGUGGCUAGCUUGCCUUGAGCUGUGUAAAUUAGGGAGCUGGCCCAUGGCCCCUCCACAUGUAAUGCUGUGGGUAGAUAAGCCCUUGUGCUUCAGACAUAUUGCUCAUCCAUGCAGCCCUUACAAUACAUGAAAGAUCCCAAAGAAGUGAUCUGAUAUCUCUUUUAAAAUAUUUUGGGGGGUGAAAAGAUUUCUUUUUUGAUAUUGAAGGAAAAAAAAUGUAACUGAAAAUGGUGUGAUACUAAUUUUCUCUUCUCCAUUACAUUCAUAUUGAAAGUUGUUUGCACUUAAAAAUUUGUGCACCUUCUUAAAAAUGCAUUGUCAAAUGCAUUUAAAGGUAUCCUCAAAAUACACUCAAAAGGCCUAUUUAAUCAUAUACGGAAAUAAAAUCGACUGUUGAAAAGCCUGACUUGUGGGGUUUUGGCAAAUCUGGGGGGGGAGGUGAGCUGCAUGUACUGAAGGCACAUUCCGAGAGGCACACAGUUCCUCCCACUGAUGUGGUCCCAUUAAAUUCAAGGACUCUUUUUAGCCUUCACAAACUAUAGGCUUCUACUGCUUUCAACUCUUCUUUCAACAAUCCUGCUGUUCCUGACUUCUCCAUCUUACCUGCUUCCCCUAUGAAAUAAUUAACACCCUGUGUGUCCAAACCAGUUGUCUGUGCCCACAAGUAUUAUUUCACCAGCAAACACAUUCUUGAAGCAUUAAAGUUUAUCAACUGUUGAAAAAGUUAGUUUUCAUAACCAACCUACAUUUAAAAAAAAGUUUUAAGCUUUUAACAAAGAUUUUUUUUUUGGAAACCUUACCACUUUUCAAGCAAGUAGAAAUGUACAUUUUUUUGGCUCCUUGAAAAUCUUACCUUGUCUUUAAAGGGGGGUAACAAUUAUAAGAGUAAAUGAGAACUCAGCAGAAUCCAUCAGGCUGUCAAAUUACUAUAGGGUGCUUUUAGAACUUCCAUAACUGAGUUUGAAUAUUGAUGUAAUUUGACUCGUCUGAAUGGUUCAAGGGGUUUCUUUAUUCUGUUUAAAAGUAUAGGUGGUCUGUGCUGCUAAGCUGGCUGUACUCACUCUAUCACUGGUUGGAGCAACUGUGGAAAGAAAUCAGGAAUAUCUCAAUGCCCAUGUGUGUAUGUAUCCAGAUCCGCACUGCAUAACUUUGAGUAAGGGGUGUUGAAAUUUCAUAUACUUGAUGCUUGAUCUUUAGGUUUUAAAGACAACCCAAUUUUUAUUAGAGUACCCACCUUUCAGGCCGGAGUCAAAAGAUUCAAAAUACUGCUCAGUGUUCAACCAACUGUUAGCAACUAACGGGCCACCUCUGCUGCUAGUAUUACUUGUAUAGAGGGAACAGAGCACUCAGUUUUCACAAGGCUGGAAUGCUGUGCACAUAUGAUGCACUUUUGGAACAGCAGGGUAUGACUACAUUUAGAGUGAAUUUUCCUUGAUGUCCAAGUCUAAUCCUGCACAUUGCAGUACUGUUCCCCCCUCCCCGUAUUUCAAGUUUUCCUGUGUAUAGUGCAAUUUACAACAAGCACACAUUGGCAAGGAUAUUUAAGAAUGUCUAAACAUGCAGAACGUUAGACAUUUGACAACAGUAUCUGAUGUAUGUAUAUAGUUAAAAUUGUAAAUAAAACUGAUUGUGUGAAAGAG